AUGGCCGUCGAGGGUGUCGCCGAGCACUACCAGGUGUUGGAGGAGCUUGGACGAGGCAGCUUCGGAGUCGUGUACAAGGGCAUCGAAAAGGCCACAGGCGAGACAGUAGCCAUCAAGCACAUCGACCUGGAAUCGAGCGAAGACGACAUCGAGGAGAUCCAGGCCGAGAUCGCCGUGCUCAGCACAUGCGCGAGCCCCUUUGUCACUCAGUACAAGGGCUCCUUUCUGCGAGGGCACAAGCUAUGGAUUGUCAUGGAGUAUCUGGGAGGCGGCUCAUGCCUUGACCUGCUCAAACCGGCAAAUUUCAGCGAGACGCACAUUGCCAUUGUCUGCCGCGAGCUGCUCCUGGGCAUCCAAUACCUCCACAGCGAAGGCAAGAUCCACCGCGACAUCAAGGCCGCCAACGUCUUGCUCUCCGAGACCGGCAAGGUCAAGCUCGCCGACUUUGGCGUCGCCGCCCAGUUGACAAACAUCAAGUCCCAGCGCAACACCUUUGUCGGCACACCUUUCUGGAUGGCCCCGGAAGUCAUCCAGCAGGAUGGCUACAGCUUCAAGGCCGACAUCUGGUCGCUGGGCAUUACCGCCAUGGAAAUGGCCAACGGCGAGCCUCCGCUGUGCCACAUCCACCCCAUGAAGGUUCUCUUCCACAUCCCCAAGAACUCGCCGCCCAAGCUCGAGGGAGAUUUCAGCCGGGACUUCAAGGACUUUGUCUCCCAGUGUCUCACAAAGGACUACGAACGCAGGCCGUCCGCCCAGGAUCUCCUCAAGCAUCGCUUCAUCCGCUCCGCCGGCAAGGUCGAGGCUCUGCAGGAGCUCAUCGCCCGGCGCCAGAUGUGGGACGCCAACCAAAAUCGCCAGAGGCAUCCGAUCUACUAUCAGGAGACGCUGCAGUCGAUGGCGCCAAAGGACGACGACCAAGAGUGGGUGUUUGACACGGUCAAAUCGGUGGCCCCGCCCAGGAGGCCGACCAUCAAGCAUAGAAAGAGGUCCUCCAUGCUGGGCUUGGAAGAUGGCCUCCGAAGGCUGGACGUCAGCGAAGGUCCGCUCGGUGCUCCAUCUCCUUUACCCGACACUGUUCGAAAGUCGACGGUGCGCCGUACACCCUCCAUCGCCCGCACCUCAUCAAUUCGCUCCAAUGGAUCGCCUCGUCCGUCUCUGGCCGCUAAGAAACCGCUACAGCCCGACAUGUCCUUUGGCAAUUCCGGAUCGACCAUGCGACUAUUCCGGAGAGUGCCGUCCGAUAGCUCGACAUCAGGGCAAUCGGGCCGUCCCACAUCACCUGACGAUGUCUUUUGCGAUGAGAACUUGCCGCCUCCGAUUGCGGCCCCGAUAGAACCGUAUGGCAAAGAGGCCGUUCUCGGGCGCAGGCUUUACAACAAGGCCGUGGAACCUACCUUGGCCGAGCUGCAUGCUCAGACUUCGGCCAUGCAGAAGCGAGAAGCCCUGGCCAAGCUCUCCGAUGCAUUCGCGACCCUUGACGCGGUCGACCCCGAAGGCGCGUAUCAUUUGAUGAGCAGUCUCGUGGCGUCCAUGUCACAGGACAAGAAGCUCAACGCAGCCCUGCUUCGGCAGCCUCUGCAAAAGGUGCCUGAUGACGGGACGCCGCAGGGGACCGUCAUUAUUAAGAGCUCAACGCCCUCUGCCGGCAGCCCCAACAAGCUGGUCCUGGCGUCGAAUAACCCUCACCUACGGAGCCACCGCCGACGACAGACGGAGACGUCCCCCCUCAAACUCAGCGAGAAGGAUUUCGAGAGGGAGAAGCAGUCGCUCCUCGAGGAAAAGUACCCUGGUUGCGACGCGCGUGUCGGCAUGGAGCACUGCAAGCAGCUGUCCGACGUGCUCUACCAGCGCUGGACGGACAACCUCCGCAUUCGCUGGCCCGCUGUUUGA